UUUUUUUUAAACUUAUAUAUUUAAUAUUAUUUUGUCACCUUCUAUCAAAAAAUGUAAUUCCGGAAUUGGGUAAAUCAUUCGAGCGUCAACUGUGUUAUAUUAAUAAUAUGUAGUGCAACUUAGCUAAUAAUACUUACUUACUUACUUAUCACUAAUAUAGGUGGACUGGUGUUUUGCACAUGAUGAUACAAAGAUCCAUAUAACUCUACUUCUCUCUAUUCGGCUCAUUUCAUUGACUCCUAUCUUCAUCUCGAUCCUUAGCCCAAAACAUGCCAGGUUGUUUUACAAGUUUUUCAUCUUCUGAUAUGCCCGCAAGGUGUUCGACAUAAUUACGCAGAGAGUGUACUACAGCAACGUCUGUGGGACGUGGAAACCCAAGAUUUAGCUCCAUAUACUCUUUGGGAUAGAUAGAUAGUAUGAGUUUCAUUCUCAUGAGAUCACUUCUGAUUCACCCUUUCCGUGGCUCCUCCGUCAUCAAUGUCCGAUCAACAACCACGUCUGCUCAAUAUGUCGCUUCCAGGUCAAGAGACCCUGUUUUCGAGAAACUCAUGGACAAAUACAAGAACCUUCUCAAGGUCAUUGCUAUACAAGACCUUGUUCUCGCCAAUCCAACAGCUGAUCCUCCUCCCUCUUUGUCCAUUGAUUUCCUCUCCAGGCUCUCUCAGAAGCUCCACCUUAACCGUGGCGCUGCUUCUUUUCUGAGAAAGUACCCUCACAUCUUUCAUGUAUUGUAUGAUCCUGUGAUAGCUCAGCCCUUUUGCAGGUUAACUGAUGUAGCCAUGGAGAUUUCUCGUCAAGAGGCUUUGGCUAUCACUGCUACUUUGCCUCUCGUUGUUGACCGGUUGGUUCGGCUCUUGUCUAUGUCCAUAUCAAAGUCAAUCCCGCUUCGUGCUGUUUUCAAGGUUUGGAGAGAGCUUGGCCUCCCAGAUGAUUUUGAGGACUCUGUGAUUGCAAAGAACCCUCGUCUUUUUAGGCUUAGUGAUGGUCAUGAACCCAAUACCCAUACCUUAGAGCUGGUUCAAGAAGAAGAGAAAGUACUGAAAUUUGAAGCCGCGGUUGAGAAUUGGAGGGUGGUUGAGUGUUCUAAGGAAGAUUGCAGUGUUGAUAGAACCGAGAUUCAGUUUAGUUUCAAACAUAGUUACCCACCUGGAAUGAGGCUGAGCAAGAACUUUAAGGCUAAAGUUAAGGAAUGGCAGAGACUGCCUUAUGUUGGGCCAUACGAGGACAUGGUUGGUAAGAAAAAGAACAGAUCCGGAGUGAUGGGAAUAGAGAAAAGAGCGGUUGCAUUUGCUCACGAGUUCCUCAGUCUGACUGUCGAGAAGAUGGUGGAGGUAGAAAAGAUCAGCCACUUCAGAAAAUGUUUUGGGAUUGAUUUGAACAUAAGAGAUUUGUUCUUGGAUCACCCGGGCAUGUUUUAUAUGUCAACUAAAGGGAAAAGACACACUUUGUUUCUCAGAGAGGCUUAUGAGAGAGGACGUUUGAUAGAUCCAAAUCCAGUUUACGAGGCCAGGAGGAAGCUUCUUGACCUUGUUCUCUUGGGACGCCAUGCUGCUUUAUCAGACUCUGGGAACACAACAAGUAUGUCUGAACAAGAAUGAAAUUGCAGACUCCUCUUCAGUUGUUUUGAGUAUAUAAGCUAAACAAUCGACCAUAUCACAUUCAGUGAAGUGUAGUGAAAAACUUGAGAGAUGAUGAGAUCACCAAGAUUCAAUCAGCCUCGAACGUCUCUCUAGCUACAUUGAGGAAAAACAAUACAAGAUAAGCUCUGUGUCCUGUAGCGUUUCGGAUCAAUUGUUUUGCUCAAAACCAAAAAGCUCAAGAUAAAGGCGAGUAACUUGAUGUAUAUGCGAGUACGUGGAUGGAUCAAAAACUUGUAUACGAAACCAAUGUAAACUGUCUUUGUUUGUGUACUUUUGUUGGUUAUGUCGACAGGAAGUCAGAAACUAUCCAAAUUCAAUACGUCUUCUGAUU